AUGUCAUCAGCAUCACCUAAUGUACAAUCACAACUUUCAUUACAAGGCAAAGUCGCUAUUGUGACUGGGGGAGCGCGUGGUCUUGGAUACGAAAUGAUGCGAGGUCUUGCCGAGUCGGGUGCAGAUGUAGCAUGCAUUGAUCUGUUAGCCGAGACGGGUGCUCAAGCUGUUUCCACCAUUGAAAAAGAAUGCAACGUCAAGGGUAGUAGCUGGGGAUGCGAUGUGACCAAUGAUGAAGAUGUGGCCAUGGUCUUUGAUCAAAUUGUCCAACACCAUGGUGGAAUUGAUAUCCUGGUGACAGCUGCUGGUAUCAACCAAGUGUGUGCUGCCAUCGAUUAUACCGCUAGUGAUUUCCGUAAGAUCUUUGAAGUCAAUGUCAAUGGGACGUUUUUCUGUGCCCAGCAGGCUGCAAAACACAUGAUGAAAGCUGGAAGACCAGGCUCCAUUAUUACUGUUGCAUCCAUGUCGGCACAUAUUACCAAUCGGCCGCAAACACAUGCACCCUAUAAUGCUACCAAGGCCGCUGUGCUUCAACUCACAAAAUCCAUUGCUUGUGAAUGGGCUCCUCACAACAUUCGAGUUACUGCCAUCUCGCCAGGUUACUUUGACACUGAAAUGAAUCAAAGGAUUCUCCGAGAAAAAGGAGAGGAAGGCAAAAAGAUGCGUCACAUUUGGGAAACGGAGACUCCCUCAGGUCGAUUAGGCACUCCUCAUGAACUAAAAGGUGUUGUUGUCUUUCUUGCUUCGGAUGCUGCUUCUUUUGUCACAGGAUCAGAAAUCCUUGUGGAUGGCGGUUACACCGCUUGGUAA